UUUCAUUUCAUUUCAUUCCCAAAUUGUUAAAAAUCUCCCGCCAAGGUGCAGAGAGUCUUAUCUGUCGCAAACGCAUAUUUGCGGUAGAAAGAAUCGCAUAUCUAUCUCUAUCUAGAUCCAAUCUUAGGGCUUGACGGUUCUGGGGGAUUGUAGGUUUUUUAUUUAUUUUAUUUUGUUGUUUGUCUCUUUGCUGUUGCUGUUGCUGCUGCUGCUGCUGCUGCUGGUGGUGGUGCAAUUCUGCUUAUUGACGGCGGCGAUGAGUGCAGUAAAUAUUACGAAUGUCACCGUACUUGACAAUCCGGCGCCGUUCCUCCACCCUUUUCAAUUCGAAAUAUCCUACGAGUGCCUGAUCCCCCUCAAAGAUGAUUUGGAAUGGAAGCUUAUUUAUGUAGGAUCAGCUGAGGAUGAGAAUUCAGAUCAACUUCUAGAAAGUGUGCUUGUUGGGCCUGUAAAUGUAGGCAAUUACCGCUUUGUAUUUGAGGCUGACCCUCCAGACUCAUCAAAAAUCCGUGAAGAGGACAUCAUUGGUGUAACUGUAUUGCUAUUGACAUGCUCAUAUCUGGGUCAAGAAUUUAUAAGGGUGGGAUACUAUGUCAACAAUGAUUAUGAUGAUGAACAACUUAGAGAGGAGCCUCCCCAAAAGGUCUUAAUCGAUAGGGUUCAAAGAAAUAUCUUGGCAGAUAAACCCCGAGUUACUAAAUUCCCUAUCAAUUUCCAUCCCGAAAACAAUGAAGAAGAAAAUGAAGAUCAACUGCCUCCUCCUUCACCACCCAAUGAUUUUACUACUACCACCCAAGUGAAUGAUGCUGAAAAUGGAGAUCAACCACCGCCACUGCCUUCCCCAGUUCGCCAAAAUGAUGUGCAAGAACAACUAGAGUCGAGUCAAGCCGCCUCCCUAUAAAGCUGGUUUUGCUCCUUUCUCCCCCUUUUGUUGUUUGUCAGGUUGACGACGAUGGUGAUGGCUAUAGUUUGAAGUAGUUUUUAGUUCUGUUUUGAUCUUGAUAUAUGGGAGAGGUUUUUAGAACUGUUUUGA